CAUAUACACUUCGUGCUGUGUUUGAUAGAAAGCAACAUCCAUCUUGGAACCUCUAUUUUCCAUCAACAUAUAACACUGUUCGAAUCGGAUUAAUCCCCAACAUUACUGCUGCACGGGCCGUCAUAGUUCACCCAAAUGUUCAAAAGCAAAGGAUCACAGGGAAAGAGCAAACACUGGAACAUAUUUUCCAAGGCAGAAGCUGUAAAGCCUGUUAUUAACCAUGCAGGCUGUAUAUCAGAGAUAUCCCAUCAGAAGCUUCUAAAGGGAUCACCAGCUGGCUUGAGUUCCGCCCAACAUCGUGGUCACGUUCGUGAUAACAGUACGAGCAGUACGCACAACCGUGUUCAGAAUCGUCAGUCUACAACGACUUUCCCUCUCAGAGAACCAACAAAGAGAAUGUCACACCAACGCAAGUUCUUGUCGCAGCAUGACUUCAAACAACUCAAGUCACAGCAUGAUAAAGCUGACCCUAAAGAGCUGGCCUUUUACGAAAAGCUAUUCAACGCUGACGAGGAGGACCAUGAUGAUGGGGACUUCAACUUUGUCGAUUUACAAGAAGCACCUGUUCUUGAAGAGCCGAUAAAGAAAGAACCAGAGGUGAAGGACAACCUCUCUCUUGCGCUGGAAGAUUAUAGACUCUUCACCAAACAGCAGCGCGCUCAAGAAUCAAAGCGUUCAUCAAUGCUGCCGAAAAGUCUCGACGAUACAGAAAACCAGACUUUAUCCACACACUCUUCCACGCCAAGUUUGGCAACGUUUGAAAGCACGAUGUCGCAUUCAUCCAGCAUUCUAGAAGUGAGCCAUUCACUAUGGGUCGGGAUGUCUGAAGAUGAUGGCUUUGAGAAAAUCCCGGAUGAUUCCCUCCAAAGAUUUGAUGCAAUUUCUGCAUUUCAAGACAGCAGUGACCUUACCUCUUGUCGAAGACAUGACUACGGAUCAAUACACAGAACUAGCCUUAGCUUUGUUUGAUAUUGAUGACAUCACUAAUGAUAGAUACAUAUAGACCAACAGACUCUAAUCCAAACAUUAACGAACCAAAA